AUGCUGCCCUGGGUUGAAUGGUUCGUCUUCGGCAUGCAGCCCCGAGGCCCUCCGCCGCCUGUCCUCCUGGCUGAACCGCCUUACGCCGACGACCGGGACUACAUCCCGCACGGCAUCCCCUUCUCGGCCGACGGCCUGUACGUCCACGCGCCCGUCGAGGUCCGCGUGAGCGACACCUCGCUCGCCUCCAACGCGCGGCCCAAUGGCUCGAAGCUGUACCUGAACACCGCGCUGGACCGGCCGUACCACGCAGACCCGCCGUAUCGAGAGCGGUACUAUGAAGCGUUUGAGUGGCUAAUCAAGUACUUGGGGGCGAAGCCGCACUGGGCCAAGAAUUCUAUCGAGAGCGAGGCAAUUUAG